AUGGCAUCGUCCAAUCUGCCUAUCAUUCUCUACCACUAUGUGUUCUCACCUUACGCGCGCCGCAUAGUCUGGUAUCUCACCCUACGUAACAUCCCCUACUCGCAAUGCAUGCAACCCCCGGUCCUCCCUCGGCCUGACCUCGCGGCCCUGGGGAUAUCGUACCGGCGCAUCCCGCUGAUGAGCAUCGGGCGCGAUGUCUACGCGGACACGCGGCUGAUCCUGCAGAAGCUCGAGGAGCUCUACCCUCCCAGCUCGGAGCAUCCGUCGAUCUCGGCGUCGAGCGGCGACGGCGCUGCGCUGGAGCGUCUGCUCUCUCACUUCAUCAUCGACGGCGGCAUCUUCAUGCGGGCUGCCUCUCUCAUGCCCCCCGAUCUGCCCGUGUUCAAGGACCCCAGGUUCGUCAAGGACCGGGCCGAGCUCACAGGCGCGCCGCCUGGCGGCCCCUCGCCUUUCUCGCCGAAAGCCCUGCAGGCCAGGAGACCAGAGUCGCUGAGCGAGAUCCGCGACGCGGUGGCGCUGCUCGAGAGCACGCUGCUGGCGGACGGGCGGGAGUGGAUCCUGAAGACGUCCGGGCCGAGCCUGGGUGAUAUCGAGGCAGUCUGGCCGUUCCACUGGCUUACAACGAUGCCUGGGGCGCUGCCGGCGGAUGCGAUUGGGCCGGCGAAGUUCCCAAAGGUUUUCGCCUGGAUCAAGAGGUUCUCGAAAGCUGUAGAGGCUCGGCUGGGCGAAGUCGGCAAGCCGACCACGCUCAAGGGGGACGAGGCGGCGAAGGCAGUCGUUGGAUCCGACUUUGCGGAGCACGACGAGCAGGUGGACGCCAGCGAACUCUACGCCACGGCCAAUGGGUUCAGAAAGGGGGAUACUGUCAGGGUCUGGCCGACGGACUCUGGGUCUUCGCACAAAGACGUUGGGAAACUGGUGGCCCUGACAUCGAAGCAGAUUGUGAUAGAGACGCAAGGGACGGCGGGAAGCGUAAGGCUACAUGCGCCUCGCCAUGGAUUCAGGCUGGGCAAGGCUGACCAAAGCAACCUAUAA